AUGGUUUGCUCUGGCCCUAGGUCUAUACCCAAAGGUGCCACGUCAUUUGAUGUCCGUGGAACUUCCGGGCUUCGAGUCUACGUCAUCUACAACCCCAAUGUUGCCACAGCAUCUGAAGGUACAAGGUGGCUUCUCGACUCGGACGUGGAAGUGGUCGUGGCUCUAAGCGGACCCAGCAGCGCCGUCAAUGACAACAAGGUUCGGGUUUCAUAUUACGGACCAACAGGGGACACCCUCAUUGCCAAUGCUUGGUUGUACAUCACUUGUAUGGCUAUCUCUCUGGACGCUGAUACUAGCCGAACUGGUAAGGUGGAUGGCAAAGCAAACAACAAGACAAAAUGGUCUUGGGGUCCCCAAGGAGAAGGAGCGGUUUUGCUGGUCAACUGCGACAGGGACGGCCCCAGCUUUGGAGACAUGGACAAUGCCUAUCCGUACGUCCGAUCCCACACAGACCUGCAAGACCUGUCGCUUCUGAUCCUGAACACCCAUGGCCCUGCCGGCGUCUUUGACACCCACAAGCUGGUCCUUCAAAUCUCCCUGUUCGAUGCAGCCAAAGUGAGAGUUUUCCAUGCUAGAGGCGAUGUGUCAUUCUCCAACUACGAGCAUGUGUUGGGGGUGGACAAGCUCUCUUACACCGUGGGACGCACCGAUGGCAAAGGGCAGCACACUUUCUACGUGGAGGGCUUGGCCUUCCCAGAUGCCAACUUCAAAGGCCUAGUUUCUUUGAACGCGACACUGCUGGAGCACUCAAGUCAGAAUUCGCCAGCCACACCCGUUUUCACAGACACUGUGGUUUUCCGAGUGGCUCCCUGGAUAAUGACCCCCAACACAUUGAAGCCCUUGGAGAUAUUUGUCUGCAGCAUUGAAAGAGGCACCAACCCCAACCAGACAUUCCUGGAGGCUGUGAAAGCCCUGGCACAGAAAGCUGGCUGUAAGCUGACCAUCUGCCCGGAGAUUGAAAAUCGGGGCGACCGCUGGAUCCAGGAUGAGAUGGAGUUUGGUUAUGUGGAGGCCCCCCACAAGUCCUUCCCCGUCGUCUUUGACUCCCCCAGGAACCGAGGCCUCAAGAAAUUCCCUUUCAAAAGCAUUUUGGGCCCUGAUUUUGGGUACGUGACCCGAGAACCCCGGUACGGACGCGUAUCCAGCCUGGAUUCAUUCGGGAACCUGGACGUCAGUCCCGCUGUGACGGUCAAGGGCAAGGAGUACCCACUGGGCAGGAUCCUCAUCGGCAGCAGUUUCCCAGGGUCUGGCAACAGGAAAAUGGUCAAAAUUGUCCGGGAUUUCCUCUAUGCUCAAAGAGUCCAGCCUCCUAUUGAGCUGUAUUCCGACUGGCUCACUGUAGGGCAUGUGGAUGAGUUCCUGACCUUUGUUCCGGCUUCCAACAGGAAGGGUUUCCGGUUGCUCUUAGCCAGUCCCGCUGCUUGCCUGAAGCUGUUCAGAGAGAAGCAAAAAGAAGGUUUCGGAAAUGCUGCCCUGUUUGAAGGUCUCGGGAGAGUGGGGCGCAUUACUCUGGAUGAGCUCCUGGCGGACAGACUUUUGCACCGUGACAGCAAGUAUGUGCAGAGUUGCAUCGACUGGAACCGCAGCAUUCUGAAGCGGGAGCUGGGCCUGAGCGAGCGAGAUAUCGUGGACAUCCCUCAGCUGUUCACUCUGGAAGACUCUACAGCGACCGCCUUGUUUCCAGACAUGGUGAACAUGCUCGUCUUGGGGAAGCACCUGGGCAUCCCCAAACCAUUUGGCCCCAUCAUCCAUGGACAGUGCUGCCUGGAAGAGAAAGUCCGCUCCUUGCUGGAACCGCUGGGACUGAACUGUACCUUCAUCGAUGACUUUUUCUCCUACCACAUCUUGUCUGGCGAGAUCCACUGUGGCACCAAUGUCCUCCGGGAACCCUUCUCCUUCCACUGGUGGAACACAACACCCUGAAAUUGGUGGGGGGAGCCUCCGGGCCCCCUCCCCACACACUUAUUUCUUCUGUACUUCUGGGCAGCAAAGAUGCCUGAAGGUUUUGAAAAAACACCAACUUCUCCAGCAUGUUGGACUUUGAAAAUGAGAAUCGACUUGGGGUCAAAAAUCCCACUUAAACAUGAUGCACUAAACUUACCCAAACCACAAAAUUAUGGUUUUCUGUGCUUCAGUGAAAGAUUGGCAGUGAUGGGGUAGGUGGGGAGAAUUCUUUGGCAGAACAAGUAUUUUAAAGGUUGCAUGCAACUGAGACCUACUCAGAGGAGACCCACUGAAAGAAAUGGGCAUGUUAGUCAUGCAUUGCAGGGGGUUGG